AGAGCCACACGUAUGGGCCUUUCGAAUUUUGCGCUCUUGCGGACCGCACUCGGGGUUUCUGUUUAUCGUAGGUGGAAUACCGUGUUACAGUGCUCAUCGUACUCAGGAGAACCCCAAGGUAUGAAUACUACCUAGAGGUAAUUGGAAUUCAAGCACUUAAGCUAUGGAGAAGCGUACGCAACCAAAAUGGCGGGUCCCGACCCCAUCCGACCGAGUGUCCUUGCCCGAUCUGAGGUUGUUCAACAGUCUGACGUCUCGGAAGGUUUGUUUUUUUUAACCCUAAAUGUAUGUCGCACCCGUAGGAGGACUUUGUGCCUGAGAGCGGGAUAAAAGUUAGAUGGUACACUUGUGGUCCAACUGUCUAUGACGUCUCUCACAUGGGUCAUGCCAGGUAAUCCCUGUUGGCUCUGGUGAUACCGUUCACCAGAACAUAUAUUGCUUUCGAUGCACUCCGCAGAGUCUUGAAGGACUAUUUCCUUUUCGACGUUGUUUAUGUCUUAAACAUCACGGACGUAGACGACAAGGUAAGCGUCCGGUACCGCUUAACGAGCCCUUCAGAUAAUCAAAAGGGCGCGCCAGAAUCAUUUGUUUGGCGAGUAUGUCAAAAUGGAUAACGAUUUGGUUGGCGUUUAUAGUGAUAUAUCGGAAGCUAUCAGGACCUUGAAAAAAAAAUCCACAUGUGAUCCUGAUCCCGACAAACGUGAAUAUUUUCGCAAGGAGGUCGAUCGACUGAUUGGUUUACUGAGUUCGCAGCCUCCUAAUGGUGGAGACGCUGUUGCAUAUUUGAUUAACCAUGCACGUGAUGCUAUAGCUGAUGUAUUGGAUCAAAAACAUGGAGCGUCUAUUACGGACCACCGGAUAUUUGAAGCACUUGCCAGGAAUUUUGAAGAUGAAUACCAUAAGGAUAUGCAGGCACUUAAUAUAUUAAAGCCGGAUGUUCUAGUACGGGUCACAGAGUUCAUCGGUCAGAUUAUUGAGUUUAUCCAGCGAAUUAUUGAAAACGGAUUUGGUUACGUCGCAGCCUCUGGUUCGGUUUACUUCGACACAAACAAAUUUGCUUGCGAUCCAAUGCACUUCUAUGGGAAACUUGUGCCCACGGCUUACGGAGACACAGAACAACUUGCUGCUGGCGAAGGAGAACUGGCUGCUGGUGGUGAAAAACGUUCGCCGAGUGAUUUCGCAUUAUGGAAGUCAUCCAAACGCGGUGAGCCAGCGUGGCCCAGUCCUUGGGGUCUCGGAAGACCCGGUUGGCACAUAGAGUGUUCCGUAAUGGCCAGCAACGUUCUUGGCGAUUCGAUGGAAAUCCAUUCCGGUGGUGUAGAUCUGAGGUUCCCCCAUCACGACAAUGAGUUGGCUCAAUCUGAGGCUUACUUUGGACAUUCCCACUGGGUGCACUACUUUCUGCACUCGGGACAUCUCACCAUAUCUGGUUGCAAAAUGUCGAAGUCAUUAAAGAACUUCAUCACCAUCCGGGAUGCGCUGAAAUGUCACUCUGCACGUCGUCUGCGGUUAACCUUCCUGCUUCAUUCCUGGCGUGAUACGAUGGAUUACAGUCAAGAUACUUUGGCUGAAGCCAUAAGUUAUGAAAAGACGCUUGUAGAUUUCCUAUAUAACGCCACAAACCUGCAUUUACUGGCGAACACCUUGGCUGCAUCCUGUAGACAGAGUUCACACUCUUCGGAGCAUCCGUUGCGUUCCCACUUAGCAAAAACCCAACAAGAAGUUUACGACGCNGCUCUUUGUGCGGAUCAUGUUUAUUUGGUUGCUUCCUUUGUGCUGCGCCUUCUUCGUGUUUUGGGCGUUGCCGAUUUGACAUUAGCAUCGGACGGUACUCCCGUUCCUGCCGACGCCACCGUUGCCGGAGGGAAAAUUUCUUCCAAGCUACGACCAAUUCAGUUGGAUUUUGAUUUAAAGUCAGAUCCUUCGAAUCUGCUUCAGCGUAGCUGGCUUUCGCUCGAUGCGCUAACCGUGGAGCGUGUGGUCGCCGCACUUCAAACCACAUUGACUGCCACCCAGACGCUUGCCAGCGCACUGAUGACAGAAGAUAUUGUAGAUGAUGUAACUGCUAAUGUCCACAAAGAGUUCGGCCUCCACCUUUUCAACCUACCGACAGACUGUCUAACCCUCGCGGUCAAAGCCAAAUCCAAGCGGACCUUGUCGCAAUUGUUGGACACUCCCUUCGGUCUUGAAACGGAAAUCUGGCCAAUUGUAUUCAGUCUUCUGUUGCAACUGGUCUUGCUUCGUCAGUCUGCGCGGGCUAGGCUUCUCACCACGGGUGCAGCAGACAAAGCACAGAAGCAACGAAUUCUGUCCGCUUGUGAUCGUAUGCGGGACAAGGAUCUUGUUAUCGCUGGUGUGCGACUGCAAGAUCGAACGUCUGCAGCCGAUCUUGUAAGUGGUAUUCAGUUGCCACCAUGUCUCGGCUUGGUUGAUGCGAGUAUCUUAGCGGAAGAGGUUCGUGACAAGCCGAAGCAAGAGAAUGACAAGCAAGCCAAAAAGCUUCGCUCAGAAGCAGCAGCUGGUAAAACUGGUUCACAACAUCCUUCGGAAUUCUUUCGAAGCCAGCUUGACAAAUACUCUGCGUUCGAUGACAAGGGUAUACCAACCCAUGAUUUGAAUGGGAAUGAACUUUCCAAAUCUCAGCUGAAGAAACUGAAAAAGGUCUAUGAUGCACAAGUGAAACGACAUGAGGCAUUCAUGAAAUCGAAGUCUGUGACUGAGUGAUAAGCUGUUUAGAUCAGAUCAGUGAAUUAUAUUUGGUCCACGUCUCUGCCUUCAUCUUCAUCUCCGUUUCCCCCCGUCUACUUCCAUAUGUUUGGGCCUCAAGUUAUAUGACCUUCAGCUGAAAAUAUUACUGUUUCGUGGUUUCUUCAUUCCCGUGGCUUGUGUUCCCAAGGUGGUAUCUCUAUCGCCUAUGUGUUUGAUGUGUAUUACACAAUUUACAUUUUAAAUUCGCUUACCUUGGAGAACUUCAAUUUAUGCGUGUCACUGUUUGCAAUACAGAGCUUACUGGUCCGUA